AUGAGAAGCGACAACGGCUGCUGGACGUGCCGCCUCCGACGCAAGAAAUGUGGGGAAGAACGCCCCAUCUGCGAGGCCUGUGCGGCGUUGCGCAUUGCGUGCUGCUACGGCCAGGAGAAGCCCGAGUGGAUGGAUGGUGGCGCCAGGCAGCUCGAGGUCGCCCAUAGCCUCAAGCGCCAGAUUCGAGAGCAGGGCCAUCGUCGCCAUGGGAGGCGCCAGACUCAGAUGCAGGAUUCUAGAAACCAAGGCUCACCAGCUUCUGUAUUGGCCAUGGACAGGACAGGUGCGGCGUCCUCGGAGCCACGCGACGACGUUGUCACGCCAGCCAUUGAAGCCGUUCCGUCCACGGACAGCGACCAGGGGAUGGCCCCAGCGGCCGAUCCAUCUCCUGCACCUGUAUUUAUGCGGGACCAUACGAAUGGCACACUUGACGGUUCGGACGCGCGGGAAAGCGGAUCCUCCUCCUCCGGAUGGCCCGACGCGUGCCUGUUCACGUUCUAUCUGGAGAAUCUCCUUCCCUUCCUGUUCCCCUUCUACCGGCCCUCCCUCGCCGAAGGGGGCCGGUUCUGGAUCCUGGACAUCAUGAUGACCAGUCCCGUGGUGCGGCAGACGGCGCUGUGCCAGAGCUCGUACUUCUUCUCGCUGGCGCUGGGGAUCGCCGCGUGUCCGGUGGCCUGGGAAAAGUUGCUACAGCAGACAAACGCGGCCUUUGAGACGCUUCGGCAGUCGUUGCAGACACUAGAUGAUGAUGACGGACGGAGGGGAGGAGGCUCCGAGAACUAUCUCUGCGAGGUGGUCCGCACCUUAGCCGGCGUGAUGCAGUUGCAGCGCUUUGAGAUGUCGGUGUCGAGCUUCGAGAAUUCCCAGGCCCACCGCAGUGCAGCCAUCGCCCUCUUUCGCCGUGUGGUCGACAGUGCCGGCAUCGAAGAAGCAUGGUCGUCGUCAACCUUCGACACCGUCUUGAGUCGCCUCGGCACUUCCUCCUGGACACUGCCGGCGCAGUGCAUCCAGGUCCCCAGCGCCGAGCAGGCGGCCUUCCGGUUCUCGUCCGCGCUGGUGAUCCUCGACGACAUCGUCGCCAGCACCGUGCUGCAAAAGAAACCGACCCUGUACACGUACCACCACUUCCUGUUAAGUGGCAGCACCGAUGAGUCGCGCCCGCCUCCACUCAACCUCGAGGCGAUUUGCGGGUGCCAGAACUGGGUCUUGCUCCAGAUCAGCGAGAUUGCCGUACUUGAUUCCUGGAAGCAGGAAUGUAAGAGGGCCGGCGACCUCGACGUCAUGGAGCUCGUCCGCCGCGCCGCGCCGAUCAAAGAGACGCUGCUAGCUCAACUGGCACGCCUUGAGGCCAAUCUAGGAAAUCCCUUGAAAGGAACACACAGCAAUAUCCUGGAUGGUCUGUUCACGCCAUACUACCAGAGCGAGACUCCAGGGCAUUCAGCCGCGGGCAGCACCGUGCUGGUCACCAGCGUGUGGGCCAACGCUGCGCUUCUGUAUCUGUUCGUUGUGGUGUCCGGGUGGCAGCCUUCCAGCAGUGACGUGCGGUAUCAUGUCUCCCGAGUCAUCGAGUUGCUGACGUAUCAGCAACGAUCUAGGCCGGUACUGCUGCGCACCAUGGUCUGGCCUUUCUGCGUGGCCGGAUGCCUCGCACGGCCGCAGCAGGAAGAUUGUCUGCGGCAAAUGGUGGAGGUCCUCCAACCACCCAGCGUCUUUGGGACGGUUUACAAGGCCCUCGACAUCAUGGAGGAGGUGUGGGGUGGUCGAGAGAUGAGAGAUGUCGCGACGUGGGAUCUGGCUGCUUGCUUGAGAUGUCAGGGGGACCUGGUGCUACUCGUGUAA